GGUUGCGGUAUUGCAGCCAAAGUUCGUUUGUCAGUCGCCAUCUACUCUCUAAGGAAGAAGCGUCAGUGUUUUGGUCCUGGCUUUACUCCGGAGCCGUCUCUAUGUUCCUGUUUGCCGUUCUCGCUCUGCUCUUACCAGUGUUGUUUAUUUACCGGUUCUAUGUUGUCGUGAAAACGGGACUGCGGCACCAGCCUGGACGAAAAGGCUCCGUCUCUGUUUUGGUUGUCGCAGGAUCAGGCGGUCACACCACAGAGAUUUUGCGGCUGGUGGAAAGUUUGCCCGCAGCGUACGCACCGCGACACUACGUCAUUGCUGACACAGAUAAGAUGAGUGAGGAGAAAAUCUGCACCUUUGAAAGCUGGAAGCUCCAACCAGACUCUCAACCACAGUACACAAUCUGUCGGAUACCACGCAGCAGAGAGGUGCAUCAGUCCUGGAGCUCUUCUGUUGUCAGCACCUUGAACGCGUUGCGGUUUUCCCUCCCCUUGGUGUUCAGACUGAGACCUGACAUGGUGUUGUGUAACGGCCCGGGAACUUGCGUUCCGCUGUGUGCGGCAGCUCUCCUCCUCGGCAUCAUGGGAAUGAAGAAAGUGCUGAUUGUGUACGUUGAAAGCAUUUGCAGAGUGCACUCGCUAUCGCUGACAGGAAAGAUCCUGUAUCUGCUGUCAGACUACUUCUUUGUGCAGUGGUCCUCUCUGAGGGACAAAUAUCCCAAGUCAGUUUUUCUGGGGAGAAUAGUAUAAACAAAAUGAGUGCACAUAUAUAAAUAAUUUGUUUAAAAAAUGUGUUUUUGUUACAUUUUUGAACAGCCCUGCCUUCUAUCUGUGUUACUCCUUUGUUGUUAUUUUUGUAUUUUUUGAAGGUUCAAAGUAAUAAAUCGGCGCAAAUAAAAGAUACUUGACUACACAGA